ACAUCAAGAAAUUAAAAGAAUUUCGUAAUAGAGAAGAAGUUGUAGAGGUAAACCAAUUCAAGGAAUAUUGUAUCAGAGAAGAAAAGGAAACCCCGAGUGAUCAGAAGAAUAUGGGAGGUUGCAGACCGUUGGGUUUCUUGCUGGGAUUGCCUUUUGGUUUGAUCGCCUUGGUAUUAUCUGUUGUGGGUUGCGUCAUCUGGGUUUUGGGGAGUGUGGUGAGUAUUGUGUGCCCAUGUUGCUGCUGCGUGGCUGGACUAGCGAACUUGGCCAUGUUUCUUAUCAAGCUUCCUGUCAAAACAAUGAAAUGGUUCACUGACCAGAUCCCUUGUUGAAGCAGAAACAUGUGAGAAAUCUUUGGGAGGAGGUUCAUUGUAGAUUUCUAACAGAAUUAUUUGUUUUAGAUUCUUUGGAAAAUUCUUGAUUUGUAAUUACAUUGUUCGACUACAGUUCCCCAGUAUUAAUUGAAAGAUUAGAACUUCUUUUU